AUUGACAACAUAAGCGCGUGCACUCCUCCGGUCUCCAGUUCAACAGCGCGGCUCGAGCAAGAGACGCGCUCAAACCCGGGAAUAUGCUACACCUUUCAUCGGAAUACAGUGAAAAAAGUGUUAUUUCCUAAAAGAAAAGAGCUGCUCCCUACAUACCCGCAGAACUUCUGCAAGUUUGUGUGCUUAUCGAGGGACACCUUAAGACAGAUUUGACCCGCUGUCCCCCCUGUUUACCCUGAGACACAAUCAUCAUCAAUGAGGACAUUAGGAAUGGCAGUGUUCAAGCAACAAAAAGUGGAGGACUUCUAUGAUAUUGUUGAAGAGCUUGGAAGUGGGCAGUUUGCUAUCGUGAAGCGCUGUAUAGAGAAGAGUACGGGUGUGGAAUAUGCUGCAAAGUUCAUAAAGAAGCGGCUGAAUCGGGCGAGCCGGAGAGGCGUUCGACGAGAGGAGAUCGAGCGAGAAGUGGACAUCCUACAGGAUCUCCAGCAUCCCAACAUCAUCACGCUGCACGACGUUUACGAGAAUCGCACUGACGUGGUGCUCAUCCUGGAGCUUGUUUCAGGAGGCGAGCUCUUCGACUUCCUGGCUCAGAAGGAGUCGCUGAGUGAAGAGGAAGCCACAGAAUUCAUCAAGCAGAUCCUCAACGGAGUUCAGUACCUGCACUCCAAGAAAAUUGCACAUUUUGACCUAAAGCCUGAAAAUAUCAUGCUGCUGGAUAACAAUGCCCUACUGCCACGGAUCAAACUUAUCGACUUCGGUUUGGCGCAUAGGAUCAAGGACGGAGCGGACUUUAAAAACAUUUUUGGGACUCCAGAAUUUGUUGCUCCAGAGAUAGUCAACUAUGAGCAGCUGGGAUUAGAGGCGGACAUGUGGAGCGUCGGAGUCAUCACAUACAUCCUAUUAAGUGGGGCAUCGCCAUUCCUGGGCGACUCAAAGCAGGAAACUCUUGCAAACAUCUCAGCAGUGAACUUUGAAUUUGAUGAGGAGUUCUUCGGGAGCACCAGCGAACUUGCCAAAAGCUUUAUCAGACAGCUGCUGGUGAAAGAUACGAGAAAGAGGCUUAAGAUACAAGAUGCACUCAACCACCCCUGGAUUAAGCCCGUAAACCCCAGACAAGCCCUGGUGCGACGACAAUCUGUGGUGAACAUUGAGAACUUCAGGAGACAAUAUGCCCGGAGGAGAUGGCAGCUUUCUUUUAGAAUCGUGGCCCUCUGCAAUCACUUGACACGCAUGAUGAAGAAAGGUCACCCCAAAACACAGGACAAACCCAAACUGGGCUAUGUAGGUCGAACAGUGGCCAUGUUCGAAAGAGAAUGUGAGAGCGAUCAAGAGGAAGAGGUGAUGCUGAGGAGACCCCGAACCAGGAAGAGAAGCAGUACUUCCUGAAACUCCCCGCUGCUCCUCUGACCGACCACGAUACAAGCAUCCCAGCCGCAUGCUGGUUUUGAGGUUGAACCAGCAGCGUGUUUGCCGUUUUCAAACGCACACGACUUGAGUUGUUUUUAGAAAGCGUGCUGAGGUCUGAAUGUGGCUUUUUGUCUUCAUAGAGAUGCAGUUAUUAUUCAGCACAUCUGUAAACAUGAUACAAGCAGUGCAAUUGUGGCAAAUAUAGAAAGAAAACAGUUGUUCAUGUUUUAAAGCCAUGUAUAAAUGUAUUAAUGUACAUAAUUGGAUAAGGAAGUUUACUGGAUAGAUUACAAGUUUCUAUGUAAAGUUUACUUGUAUAAUGUUAAAUAUGUAUGUUUAACAUGACUCGCGCCACUUUGCCUUGAGCCUUGGCUGUCUUAAUAGGUGCCACAACAUAUUUGCAUUCCUUUAUUGAAAUGUCUUCAGAUAUUAUUUGCAUGACUGAUAUAGCCAACUUAAUUUUUUCUGUAUGAUAUUUGAUAAUUUUAUGUUUAUUGUGUUGUUGUAUCAAGGUGCGGUCACAUUUACUGUCUUUUAGUGAAAGAUUUUCCCACGCAGAUUUCGCAGCAGUUCUGCAGUUUAAGUAAUUGCUGGGCGGUUUAACCAAAAAUCGAUAUCAUAUUUUUUCCCUGACUGUGCCUUUAUAUGAAUUAUAACGCAUGAGACAGUUGCAGAACCACUGCAUUUUAAUCACAAUCCAAACAAACAUGUUUCAUACAGUACUGAGCAGUUUUUGUAAAUUAGAUUGUAUACUGUAUUUUCAAAAUUUAAAGCAAAAACACAAUGAUCUGACCCUAGCUUUGUGAUGUAAUGCUAGAAAAAACAUACCUGAACAAAAAAACAACAACAGAUUUGCUGAACGAGAAUGCAGAUUCACUGUCUGCCAGCAGGUGGCACUUAUGGAACAGCAGCGAUACAGCAUUUCCCUGGUUACCAUUGUAAAAAAAAGCGACAUUGCACUUUUAAAUGCUACAUUAAGGCUACACACAGCUAAAUUCGGGUCUCUGUUCACCUUUUACUCCUUAAUCCCGUACUGUACACGCAUAACUCACUAAAAUACAGUAGUGACAACUGCAUUCGACAACUGUAUUAAUUAACUCCCAAAAAAUACAGGUAGUGACAACCGCAUUUACAAAAAUUCUACGCAGUGUGUACAGAACCGAACUGAACAACUAAUUGUUAAAUGACGUAUUUAAACAUGCAUCAAAAAUGUGUCUUUAUCUAUGUGAGAUGCAAGAAAAGAACAGUGUCUUAACCUUAGCACAUUUUGGCUACGUUCACACUGUCAUUUUUUGGGAUUGACAACCACAUUUACUUACAGGUGCGAGUCUCGAAAUGUCCUAUUCACACAAUUUACGUGACUCACUGACACGUAAAUGCAGUUGUCACUCCUGAAACUUGCAGUGGCCUAAUAUGCAUUAUAAGGAGGUAAGAUGAAAAGAAAAUACCUUCUAAGCUUUUCAAAAGACAGUAAGUUCCCCUCAGAAAUACAUUUAUAUAUGCACCGCACGCGAGGGGGCGAGGCGCUGUGCGACACGACAAAAUACAGUAGACCCUAUUAUAGGCUGCGUCCAAAAGCCUAGUCAUCUGACUUGCUGCCUCACUGCCCUAUCAGGCAAUGACUUCGAAGGAUGCGAAGGCAACUCUGGAAACAGUUUCGAACAGACUUCGGAGGCAGCGUAAUGUGAAGUAGUUGCUAGGUUACGUAAUGGUUAAGUUGUACAUUUUGUAGAAAAACGAUCUUAAACAAUUAUGUAUUUAUGCUUUAAUAAUAUAUAAAGACCUCAAUGCCAUUGUAAUCGAAGGUCUGUGCGUCAAAAAAGACGGCUGAGAAUGGCAUUUUUGCUUAAAAAAUAAAAGCACUGUUGCUAGUAUUAUUGCAGAACAGAUCUAGUGGCUGUUUCGUUAUUAUUGGUAGUAUAUUGUAAAUAUUAUUCUUAUUUACUACUCAUGUGAACCCUUUUAACAUUUUUAUAAAAUACUGUUAUUACAAACAAUAUUAUUUAUUAUGCUUUUACACUGUUCCAAUUCAUAAAGUAUAUCAUAGUCAAGAUCUCAUCUGUUAUAUAAAGUAACAAGUUUAAUUUCACCAGAAUAUCUUUAUUUAUAUAGCCUAUAUGAUGCACACACACAGGAUUGUGGGAAAUUGAAGCCAGCGAAGGGUACAUCUGUGCUGCCUUCAAGAUUUGAUCAGAAGAAGGUACCUCUGGAGACAGGAAGUGAAGCAGAAUUUGAAUUCGGAUGUGCCUUGAUGCCUUCCUGGCUUGGAAUGCUACCUUCAGAGGCAGUAUUUUAGAGCUUUCGGACGCAGCCGUAAUCAUUUAUGCUGUCUAUGCUCUGCCUGCUACAGUAUUUUCUCGUCUUCGCGUUCAUCUUCAGCGUCUCUGGUCGUUUACAUUUAGUUUACUAACCCAGUUUAAAAAUUAGUUGUGUGUCAUCCAGCACUAGUUGAAGUUUCUCAUGCAAAUUCACAAAACUGCUUGGUUUAGAAGUUGCUUCUGUAUGAGCCGAGCUUUAUAUAUCGCUACUAUUGAUAGUUCACAAUGGAUUUAUUUUUGCCUGCAAAAUGUGAUACAUGCAGGUGAAAGAUUUCCUCAUGCAGAUUAUACAUCGAGUUGGUCACUCGAAUUCACCACAGUGAUCAACAGCUUGGUUUAAAAAUGUUUAAAAAAUGUUGCUAAUGUGGCCGCACCUUUUAAGUUUGCAUUUGACAAAGCAAGUGCAAAAUGGGCUGGAUUUGAAAUCCAGUGUAAUACUUAGUGUAUUUGCUCUUAAGUGUGUUGAAUUUAGGUCACUUAUCAAGCCUGGGUUGACAGGGACAUGUAAAGAUCUUAAAAUAUUAAUAAUGUAUCAAAUGCCGUUCAUUUUGAUUUCAAAACUGUAUGUUUAUUGAAAUCGGGGCAGAUGCUACAUCAUUGUGUUGUUUUGGUGCAUUGAAAAGUCCAACCCUCUGUCAGGGAACGAACUGUUCGAUUGUGAAAUUAAACUUUGUAUCAUUGGGACAUUAUGGAACUUGAGACAUUUCAAGACUGCACCACUUACUGGUCAAAAGUUUAAAAAAAAUUACAGUUGCUUAUAUGUAAAUUGUUUGUAAUCCAGUGCCUUGAGCCUGAAUGUGAUUUUUGGUAUGCUUCACAUACAGUAUGCCGCCAUCAGAAGAGGUAUUCUGUAUAAAUGUAUUCUGUACAAUGGGAUUAUAAAAAAAUCUAUAUUGUCAUGAGUACUCAAAUGUUCUCAUACCAGUUUGUUUCAUUAAAUCUUUGUUAGAAAUGAAACCUUACAUGCAUGUGUUUAAAUAUAUUUGUUUAUGUGUAUAAACAGGACUAUGUUCAGUGCAUGAUAAUAUAAAAUUACAUCACUUCCUGUGCACCAGUCACAUGACUGGUGGUGUUAGAGGUCUAAACAGUAUUGUUUACCAGUAUAAAUCUGAACAGUAAUCAUAAAAUGUGCCUCAAGAAAAAAAAAAAAUCCCUUAUAUCCAUUUAUUUUAUACUCUUGAUAUGACACUGUACUUGUGUUGUCCAAUUAAUGUGAAAUAAAAAAAGUUUACUAAGAAUAAAAAAAUCUCUUUUGUACAAAUAGUAGAAGUAAUAAAUGAUUAAUAUAUUUACUGAU